AUAGUUUCGGAGAAAGCGGAUGUGUUGACCUCAUUACAUGACAAGAUCAAAAGAUUGGCUGAAGAGAGGACUAACGACGAUCUCACCAAUGUUUCGGAGGCACAAGAUAAGGCCAGGGCUACCACGCGCAAGCUGAGGUACCGAACUGGCGACGAUAAGAAAGAUGUAUCAGAGAAACCAAAAGAAAGCAAGAGGAGGAAGCUGCACGCACAACAAGGUCCCAAAUAUACAAUCAAGCUGUCCGAGGCUGAUAUCACGGACGAUGCAAGCGCAGUACUGGGCGUGGCUCGCACAGGAAAAGCCAAUCGAAGGAGGUGAGCAAUUGCCUACGAAUAGUACACGCCGCAAGGCCGUCGACCGAAUAAGUUUAAACAACCAGCCCGUCUCUUAAUAUGCAAACCACUGAAGCAAACUUCAACCCAACCCCGAUGGGUAAUACCCACAUUAUGUGAUCACUUCUUGAAAUAGCAAGCCAAUAAACUAGACAAUUUUGAGCCGC